GAUGACGGAGCCUUUGCGGGGGGGGUGAGAGUACGAGAGGGUGAAGACUGGCGGCCAGACACGAGCGGAGCUCGCUUCGGAGCAGCAGUCGAUUUCGAGCAGUACGUGGUGCGUGUUGCCUCUGCGAUAUUGGCUUCUUCUUCCACAUCCGUUCCAUGAUGAUUUGAACGUUUCGCACGGCAUUCAGAACCCGAGUUCCAAUCGACUCGAACGAGAACUACGAGUCUCAAUUUGGUCGUUAAGAUAAAUGGAUUUUUUGAUAUUGAAGAUAAACGGAACGGACGUGAGCGGUUUUCCUCACCAGGACGCGGUUAGGGCAUUUUUGGCCGCCCAGGAGCCUAUUGUCGUCGAGAUCAAGCGACGAACAGUUCCGGAAGACGGUGCUGCCAGCGACGUGGUUAUACCCCAGUCAAAUUUUACUUCCACCGCCGUCCAGACAGACAUUUCGGCGGCCAACUGGCCUGACGAAAACAUCUUAGACUGUCCGGAAAUAGAUCUUGAGGAGGUUACGCUUAGGAAGUGCAGCAGCGAGGAGAAACUCGGUCUCACGGUUUGUUAUAGCUCUGGCUCUGACGUCGAUACCUGCACGGAAGUUUAUAUCCGUGACAUCGUGCCCCAGAGUGUUGCUGAUCUUGAUGGUAGACUUCGACAAGGUGACCAAAUCCUACAGGUAAACGGUAAAGAUGUUGCUAACCGAGAAGAAACUGAAAGCCUUUUCGCUGAAAAUAGAAAAGCAGUCACCUUACUCAUUAGUAGGUGCUAUAAUAAGUACGACGAUUAUAUGGAGCCAGAAGACUUGGAAUGCAUUUCCGGGAGAACGGCGGCUUAUCAAAAUACAGUGAUUGAGCAAAUAAUUCAACGGCAAGCUGAAAAUCAGCAAUCGCCGUCAAAAAACGAGCCAUCUCCAAGGGUUCCACCUCAUUUUAGCGCUGAUAAAUUCACUUUAACCAAUUCACUAGUGCGAUCAAAAUUGGAUUCGAUCAACCAUGAAAUUUCGGAGUUAAACGAUAGGAUGCAAAGCAUCCAACUAGUAAAAACGGAUAGAAGAAAACACGUCCCCCCCGAAUCGGAUACCGAGCACAUUUACGAAACCAUCCCCGAAUCUUCCGAUUUUGACAUAUUAGAACCUCUAUAUAGUUGCCCUUACGACGAGGAAAAUCCAGUUGAACAAUGGUUAAUCACCCAAGAAAACUCGUUUAGUCCCGAAAUAAAAGACAUGAAAGAUUCGAGAAAAGGAAAAGUGAAAUCGAAGUCUUUAAAGAGUAAUAGCAGCGGGGAAGAGCACGAAAAUAGUUCGAGUGCUUAUAAUACCGGGGGAUCGAGCAAUUCUAACCACUUGACUUUUGAAUUGGCCUGCAAUGCCGACUCUAAACAGAAGAACAUUUAUAAAUCAACGCUAGUUUUAUGCCCCAAUAAACCAGAGGAGGAACCAAAACAAUCAAAUUGUGAUACAAAAAACCAAUCGAAACAGAAAAAACCGAAACAAACAAAGAGUUCACCAACGCUAAAACCAACAAUAGCCAACAUCCUCUCUGAUACGAUGUACACUAACGUUGCAAAUUUACAACAAACCAUGCUUUUACAGCAACAGCUUUUUAGGCAAACACUUGGACAUCAAAGUGCUGGUGCUGAAUGUCAAACUUCCAAUAACUUCAAUCAAUUCCAAAAUAGUGAUGAGGGGCAUACAAAAAUGGAAUGGAAAGUAAAAAGAAGACCGGAUGGAACUAGAUAUAUCGCAAGAAGACCGGUUCGUAAUCGAAUAUUACGCGAUAGAGCAAUGAAAAUAACCGAGGAACGUUGUGGGUUAACAACGGAAGAUGAUACAUUAUCGGAAUUAAAAAUUGGAAGAUACUGGACGAAAGAAGAAAGAAAGAAACAUGUGGAAAAAUCGAAAGAAAGGAAACAAAGGCAAGAAAUAUUGCAGGCAGCUAGGCAUUUGGAUGAAAAUGUGGAAACGCAACACCAAAAGGAUAAACUCGUUUCGAAAAAGACGACUAAUAAUAUUGAUAACACCGCGAAAAAAUAUAAGGCGAAAAAAGUGCAUACGUACGAUAACUUUUCGACGGUUCAAGACGUAUUAUUACAUGGCCCAAAAUCCGUUCCAAAUCAAAAUAGUAAAAUGAUUGGGUUACUCUCUGUGACGACCGUUUAAAUGUAGAAACAUAGAAAAUAUAGACUUCGAUAAAUAAAAAUUCAAACAUUUACUGUGAGAAAACGUUUUUAUUUCAUUUCGGAAUAACGACGUUUUUUCUAAACAUACAGUGUUUGAUUUUAGUUGUCAUAAUAGAUAUCUCGAUUACUGACAUAUUCAAAAAGGCAAGUGAGCAUCAAAUGUGUUAUAUCAAAUAUUAUUAUGCAUCUAAAAGCAAAAAUUACAUACAUGAAAAUAAUGGUAUCACUCGGGAUUUGGAGCGUGAAACUAAGUCUAAUAAGAAGAAAUAAUCUCGCCGCCCCAAGUUAAGUUGCCAUACUUAACUUACAUAUGACAUACCUUGGGGCGGUUGACUUCUCGAAGUGAUGUCCGAAUCCCAAGUGAUACCAAUAACAACUUUAUGGAAGAAGUAAUCUCGGCCGACUUCGAAGACAUCGGCCGCCCCAACUUAGGUUCGUGAUAUAAAAAGUAACCUCGGCCGACUUCGAAGACGUCGGCCGCCCCCAAGUAUCAUGAACAGUGCUUAGAGCAUUGAGAGUAUUCUUCAUGAUACUUGGGGCGGCCGACGUCUUCGAAGUCGGCCGAGAUUAUUUCUUAUAACACGGACAUAACUUGGGGCGGCCGACUUCCCGAAGUGAUCUCCGAAUACCAAGUGAUACCAUUAAUAACUUUAUGGAAGAAGUAAUCUCGGCCGACUUCGAAGACGUCGGCCGCCCCAACUUAGGUUCGUGAUAGAAGUAAUCUCGGUCGACUUCGAAGAUGUCGGCCGCCCCCAAGUAUCAUGAACAAUACUUAGAGCGGCCAGGUUAAGACUAAAACACAUUUGAUGCUCAAUUUUUUUUUUGGUUAUGGCAGAUCAUAGAUAUUACCCACAAUAAUCAAGAUAUCUUCCAUGAUAGUUAAAAUGAAACACACUGUAUACGUAAAAAGCUUUUAUGUAUGACAUAUAUAUGCGGCUGCCUUGAUUUUAUCAAAAUGUUGAGACGUUUCUUAGGCAUUUUUUACAUGCCUACAUUAUUUGUGAUGUAUUUUACUUAGUGUACAGAAAUUAUUUGAUAAAAAGGAUUAUAAUAGAUAGACUUUAUGUGUAUAUUUAUGAUAAAGAUGUUACAACUUACCCACAUUUUUAGAUGCGCAGAUUAUACAACCUGUAACAAAACAGAGUACAAUAAAUCUUUAGAAACAAAAA